GCACGUUGCAGUCUCACUUCUGCACACACACACGCCGACACCAACGCGCUCCUCGCCUGCACCAAACGGCACAAACCCGGGGCGGUUCGGGAACCGGAGACGGGAUGGCAACGGAAAAAAAUACCAUCAAGCAAUGACUAAUACAAGCGACAGCAACUGGCACCUUGCACAACCUUUUUAAAAACAUCACCUAGUGAUCAAGAGGUGCCAAGCAGGACUGAGACAGAAGGCAGGAAAGGAACACGGAUACCAGGAAGCUCCAUCAGUCAUUUCCAUAAAGGAAAGUAUAAGAUGGAGAGCUGAUAGGAGGAGGGUAAUGUUCUAGUUUUCUGUAGAGGACUGGGUCUCCCUGGGGAGAGGAUAAAGAGCAAUGAAAAGCACUCAUCCAGCAACCAACCCGAUCAGACAAACUGCCCUUCUGUAGCUGGGGAGAGGUUUAAUAGUGCUACAAAAAACCUUGUGCAGCCUCCUGUGCAGUGUUUUGGGAUUUCUGACACAGAUGGAGAAAACUAUACCUUGAAUCUAUGAAUAUAAAAAAAAAAGAAAAAGGAACGAUUAAUGCCAAUAAAGAGCCGUGCCUAUACUGUACACAACCUGUAUGUGAACGUCAUGGGUAUAAGCUAAAGACUCCAUGGGGAAGAGGACAUCAUGGGGAAAAAAAAAAUGUGACUGUCACCAGUUAAUUGGUUAGGUCAUCUCGCAUCUCGUGGAAUGAAGAAGCGUGGAUGUGAUGACAUUCAAGAAGUAAAAAAAAAAUACAAAUAAUACAUCGAUGAGCUACAGCAUUCUGUCACGUGGAUUUUCUUUGAUAUUCGCAAGGCACCAUGUGGAAAAGAAUGGCCAGGAUAAGGGAUCGUUUUCAAUCUUGAUACAGCAGACUUUUCAGGUCUGUGGAUAAAUAAAUCUAUCAUGCCAAGUCCAGGACUGCUCUACAUAUCCAGAAUACAGGAACUACCACUGGAACAGCUGCAUGAGAAAAAAUGCACUGGCCCCAAAAGAGCAGAUUCCUGUCUUAUAAGCUCUUGGUCUUUCGUCUGGUUAGGCCUAGUGAAUUAUAUCGUGUUGGGCUGCUGUCCAGGCGUGUUUGCUGGAGAAACGUGGGGCAUGGUUUCCAUCUGUCCUUUUCACUGUGUGUGUCGGAACCUAUCGGAGUCUCUAAGCACCCUGUGUGUUAAUAAAGGACUGCUCUUUGUCCCACCCAACAUUGACCGCCGCACUGUGGAGCUCCGUCUUGCAGACAACUACAUCCUGGAGGUCGGUGGGCCCGACUUUGCCAACAUGACUGGAUUAGUGGAUCUGACCUUGUCUCGUAACACCAUCCACGCUCUGCGCCCACUGGCCUUCGGAGAUUUGGAAAGCCUGCGGUCGCUUCAUCUGGACACUAACCGCUUGACUGUGGUUGGACCUCAGGAUUUAACAGGCCUUCUUAAUCUUCAGCAUCUCUUCAUAAACAACAAUCAGCUCACCGAUGUCUCAGCGGAUGCCUUUGAUGACUUCCUGCUAACCCUGGAAGACCUCGACCUGUCCUACAACAACCUUCGCAGGGUUCCCUGGGAAGCCAUUCAGAGCAUGGCCAGCCUAAGCAUCCUCAACUUAGACCACAACCUCAUAGACCAGAUUGCAGAGGGUUCUUUUAGCGAGCUUUACAAGCUGUCGCGUCUGGACAUGACCUCAAACAGGCUCCAGACACUUCCCCCUGAUCCGUUGUUUUCUCGCUCACAGAUCGGGGUAGUUAGCCCAACACCCUACAACACCAUUAUCAGUCUGAACUUUGGUGGAAACCCUCUGCAUUGUAACUGCGAGCUAUUGUGGCUGCGAAGGCUGAUCCGCGGGGAUGAUAUGGAAACCUGUGCCACACCUGUGCAUCUUGCUGGACGUUACUUUUGGUCCAUCCCUGAAGAGGAGUUCAUAUGUGAGCCUCCGCUAAUCACCCGCAACAGCAACAAGCUCUGGGUCCUAGAGGGGCAGAGAGCCACGCUAAAAUGCCGUGCUAUCGGUGACCCCGAACCGGUCAUCCACUGGGUAUCUCCAGAUGACCGAAUUGUGGCCAACUCAAGCCGCAUACACUCGUAUUACAACGGAACCCUGGAUUUUCUGGUCACCCGUGCCAGAGAUGACGGAGCUUAUACAUGCAUCGCUAUCAAUGCAGCCGGGGAGUCCACUGCUCAGGUGGAAUUAAAAAUCAUCCCGUUGCCUCACAGAGGAAAUGGAACAGUUACACUUAUUAACCCACGAGACCCUGGUGCUUCUGACAUGAGUCGUAAUAAGGGUGGGGCUGUGGGAGGGAUGGUAACAGUGAGGAACGUGACUGGAGGUGAUGGCGAGGAUGCAACGAGCGGUAGUAGCACUGGAACGGAGCGAUUAGUGGUUGUUCGGGAAGUGACAUCUAACUCUGCUCAGGUCAAUUGGUUUAUGGGCAGAACAACGCCUUACUUGGUUUGGAUGUACCAGAUUCAGUACAACAGCACAGCUGAUGAUGCUCUUGUUUACAGAAUUCUUCCACCUACCAGUAAUAGUUUCAUGCUGAAAAAUCUCGUCUCGGGUGCCGACUUCAGCCUGUGUGUUUUGGCCAUCUUUGACGACGGCAUCUCCACCCUGGCCACCACCAAAGUGUUAGGUUGCACUCAGUUUAGCACUAAAGAGGAUUAUCUAGAAUGCCGCUCUCUGCAGGCGCACUUCCUUGGCGGCACGCUGACAGUGAUGGUAGGUGGGGUGGUGGUGGUGACGCUGCUGGUCUUCACCGUGGCGAUGAUGAUGCGACACAGAGUGUGUGGAGGUUGUCAAGACCAUGUCGGCCAGUCGGGCAAGUUCCUGCCAGCCAAAGGAGUGGAUGUUUAUGCCCAGACGAACGGAAAUAACAGCAUGAUGGUGGCUUUGCCAAACAGGUUGCUGGCCCAGCAAACACGGCCGGAGCAGGCCAAAACCAAGCAUAAGGAGCACAUGCUGGUCAAUCUGAGCAGCGACUCCCAUUGCAGUCAAAGCUCCGACAUGGACCUGGUGAGGCAGAAACCCAAUGCCUCUUUUACCCCGGGGAGUGAUAAAGUGACAUUCUUGUACUCCCCAGCCAAAAGUGCGCACACUUUGUCCCACCCGGGACACAAAGCGAUGACGCACGAAUGCAAGCUGACCAUGCGGAGGUCUGUCGGAGAAAAAGACAUGGACAUGAUGCAAGGUGUAAAGCAUUCUAUUGCCUCACUGGCCCUCAGUCAAACAGGGCAAGUUGGAGGAGAAAGAAGUUCGAACUGGCCCGGGGAACGGUGCGUUUUAGGGGCUAAGCGUAGCUGCUCUUUUGACGCAGGUGACAUCACCACCGCCACAUGCUACAGCUACGCCAAGCGCCUGAGUGUCAUCUGGACCCGACGCAGUCAGUCGCUGCACAGCAUGCUGGUCCACUGUGCAUCUACCACCAGCACGUCCAGCACAGCGAGUGAGCAGUAUAGCCACGUACUUGUACAUGGGUAUCUGCAUGCCUAUGCCUCCAACAACUCAAACUCCAACAGUAAUUCAAACUGUAGCAUGGACGCCAAUCCUGGAGACCUGGAGGAAAGCGUGGUGUAGUGACUGGUUCAAGAAAAAUAUUACUGAAAAUCUAUGCUGGUGGAAAACCAUGUUCAGCAUGUGCCAAGCUAAAAAAAAAAAAAAAAAAAAAAAUGUGCCACUCAAAUAUUAAAUGUUUUCAUACA